AACAUAAAUCAAGUUUCUUCUUUCUUAACAAUCAGUUAUAGCAAAUGGGUUCCAAGACAAUUCUUCUACUUGGCCUUCUGGCUAUGGUUCUUUUGAUUGCAUCAGAAGUGUCAGCCCGGGAAUUGUCUCAAACUUCCACCCAUAAGGAGGCUGAGAAGACAAAUGGGGUUGAAGAAUCCAAGUAUCAAGAAGGCGGAUAUGGAGGAUACCCUGGUGGCGGUUACCCCGGUGGUGGAUAUGGAGGAAACCGAGGAGGAUACCCUGGUGGCGGUUCCCCCGGUGGUGGAUACGGAGGAAACCGUGGAGGAUACCCUGGUGGCGGUUCCCCCGGUGGUGGAUACGGAGGAAACCGAGGAGGAUACCCUGGUGGCGGUUCCCCCGGUGGCGGAUACGGAGGAAACCGUGGAGGAUACCCUGGUGGCGGUUCCCCCGGUGGUGGAUACGGAGGAAACCGUGGAGGAUACCCUGGUGGCGGUUACCCCGGUGGUGGAUAUGGAGGAAACCGAGGAGGAUACCCUGGUGGCGGUUCCCCCGGUGGCGGAUACGGAGGAAACCGUGGAGGAUACCCUGGUGGCGGUUCCCCCGGUGGUGGAUACGGAGGAAACCGUGGAGGUCGUGGUGGCGGAGGAGGCUACUGCCGCUAUGGCUGCUGUGGCCAGAGCUAUUACCGAGGGGGUUGCCGGUGCUGUACAUAUGCAGGUGAGGCAGUGGGUGCUGAACCUGAAGCAAAGCCUCACAACUAAAUCCCACCUCAGAAAUGCUGUGUUUUCUUAAACGUUGUUGUAUCUUACGUAUGAAUAGGAGGCUGAGUGAUGUACAAUAUCCAUUUAUUGUGGAUGCAUGGUUUGUACUUUGUACCAGUUAUGCCUCAGCCGUAUGAGUUAAAAUAAUGCAACAUUAUGCUUCGUUUUGCA